GAGCACUAAAUGUGCGGGUAAUUAGUUAAUUAGAAAGCGCGGGAGGGGCUCGGAGCGCACAGGUCAGCCCGGUCAGCCAAUCAGAGGCGCUUCAGGAGUGCGAGCGCAUCCAAAAAACUCGGAAGCUGCACCUGCUUGUAGCACUUACACCCCGCACAUCGCGCACAUCCGGACGAAUAAAGAGAGCAGAAGGACGUCCUAAGAGCAACCAGCGCCGACGUGUUUGUCAGUUGAUCGCCUUAAUUUUCAUUCACGAACUUCACGAUGAUUAGAUGAGCAGGUUCUCCGAGCAGAAUACUCCACUCACUGUUGCCAAUAAUAGUAUUAGUUACAAACACGCCCUGAGCUGAAGCACGCAGCUGUAAACUGACAGGACAGUCAUGGAUAAGUCGAAGAACUUUCGGAUCGAUGCUCUGCUGGCAGGAGAGUCACAGCGGAGGAGAAGUCGGGACUCUGAUGCGCUCGAUGUUGAAGCCACUCUGUGUAAACUAGCAGAAAGCUCUCCGAUUCGGAGCAGUGCCAGUGCGCUCCAGCAGCAGCAGACAGGACUCGUUCCCAAACCCGGCUUGCUAAGCAUCCCUCAUCCGGGACUAAGCGCGUUAUCUCAGGGCUCGAUCGCAGGGAUGUACCCGGGACCGGUUUGCUCUCUGAGUGCGCUCGGAGCGCAGCAUGCCGCAUUCCACUAUCCCGCCUUCACUCCGCCGCAUCCCGAGCAUCUGAAGGCCGCCGCCGUGGCGGGACAUUUCCCCUUCGAGCAGUGGAUCCGCGCCGGCAUCAUGGUGCCAAGACUCGCCGACUUUAACGGCUCUCCUCAGUCAGGCUUGAUGGGCAAGUGUCGUCGACCUCGAACCGCUUUCACCAGUCAACAACUCCUGGAGCUUGAAAACCAGUUCAAACUGAACAAAUAUCUGUCACGACCAAAACGCUUUGAAGUGGCCACUUCACUAAUGCUGACUGAAACACAGGUGAAAAUCUGGUUCCAAAACCGCCGGAUGAAAUGGAAGCGCAGCCGCAAAGCCAAAGAACAGGCAGCACAGCUGGAGGCUGAUGGCACCCAGCAGGCCAAACGUUCCAGCAAACCUGGAGACCCUCGCCGAUGCAUCACACAGGACGAUGAUGAGGAACUGGAAGCGGAGGAGGAAGAGGAUGAAGAUGAAGGCUUCGGCGGUACUCUAAACAGAAGCGUGGGCCUGCCGCAUUCCUCAGACUUUCUCCAGCACAGCUCUGAGUUGAGCUACAGCUCUCACAGCUCUUACUCAGAUGAUGACCUGGAAGAGAUUGGUGCAGACAGGAAGAUUGGAGUAGGGCUAUGAAGAUGCAGUGUAAUUAUGAAUUAUUUACCCACUGUGUAGUCCAACAGCUUGCGGCAUCUAUAGCCUCCAUCAGAGACUUUGUAACUGCAAAGACUGAAGCCAUGCACCAAAACCCCCAUCUCUUAUUUAUCUAUGUGGCAGCAUUUAACUUAUAAACUGCUGUCUUGUCAACAAUUAGGAAUGUUUCUCUGUAAAAGAAAAUGUCUUUGUCCUCUGUGUUUGGGUGAGUAUUUUGGAAUUUGCGACCUGUGUUUGAAUAGUAGAACCCACAUUUCUACUGCAUGCAAUCCAAAUGCUUACUUUUGUACAUCAAUCUGUACAUACACAUGAACAAAAACAGGCGCAGCUCCGAUACACUGUACACUGUGCUCAGUGCGAAUGGAGGGUUCCUGUGUGAUGCAAAGCAUUUUUUUCUCAGAAUUUAUUGACUGAAUAACACAGACAAACGUGUAAAUCCUCGACAAAUAUGGAGAAAUAGGUGCAAAAUGGAGCAAUGUGUUAUUUAGUCAUUAGUCUUUGUCAUGUUUGUUAUUGGUGGUGUUGUCCUUAAUGGUAUUUAUGUAUUAUAGAUUAUAUCUAAUUUAUUCAUGGGAAAAGAAAAUGUACACGGUAAUAAUUCACAGUAAACAAAAAAUGUCUCUGUUAAAUUAAAA